UCAUUUGUAAGUUUGGGGUUGGGUUGACGAGUCACUCACUGUCGAAGAACAAAGUCGAACCUGGGGAGAAAAAAAAGGAGAGUCAGUCGAGUUUUUGUUGAGAUAAAUGCGGAAGGAAAGAGGAUUUGUAACCACUCUAAUGUUCUAGCCGGACCGACAGAUCAACGGAUUUAACACAACCGAACUAAAAACAGAUUUAUUGACGCCUAAAACACAAUGCCUUUAGGACUGAGGAGAAAGAAGAACAAGUCGAGAGAAAGCUCGAACCUGGUGGAGAAUGAGGAGGUGGGUGGACACGCCGCGGGCAGCUCCGUGAAGUCGACAGUAAACGGAGCGGGACUCCCACCACCACCUGCUAACCUGCGGCCCAAACUGGUGUUCCACACUCAGCUGGCCCACGGCAGUCCCACCGGAAGGAUCGAGGGAUUUACUAACGUCAAAGAACUCUACGGGAAAAUAGCCGAUACGUUCAAUUUAAGUCCACCAGAGAUCCUGUUCUGUACGUUGAACACCCAUAAGAUCGACAUGGAGAAGCUGCUCGGUGGUCAGAUCGGCCUGGAGGACUUCAUAUUCGCCCACAUUAAAGGGAUUAAGAAAGAGGUGGAGGUGUUUAAAUCAGAAGACGCCCUGGGUCUUACCAUCACAGACAACGGGGCUGGAUACGCCUUCAUCAAGCGUAUCAAGGAGGGCAGUGUGGUGGACGAUGUGAAGGUGAUCUCUGUCGGAGACCACAUAGAAUGCAUCAACGGGAAGAACAUCGUGGGAACACGUCACUACGAGGUGGCUCGCAUGCUGAAGGAACUGCCCAAGCAGCAGAAGUUCACCCUCAAACUGGUGGAGCCUAUGAAGGCCUUCGAGAUGCUGGAGCCUAGAUCGAAGGGAACCAAGCCGGCCAGUGAGAAUAAGUUGGGGACAGGGAGAGGGACUCUGAGACUGCGCGCCAAAGGACCUGCUACCGUAGAGGAAGUGCCGACAGAGUUUGAGGAGAAAGCGGUGAAGAAGGUGGAUGACUUGCUGGAGAGUUACAUGGGUAUCAGAGAUACAGAACUAGCGGCGACCAUGGUGGAGGUGGGUCGGGACAAGAAGAACCCUGAUGAGUUUGCCAUGGCUCUGGACGAGGCUCUCGGAGACUUUGCCUUCCCUGAUGAGUUUGUGUUCGACGUCUGGGGCGCCAUCGGAGAUGCCAAACAGGGACGUCUUUAAGAUGUUUUAACUGAAUACCCAGAUCACCUAGCCUGGUCCAAGACAGCACAAACAUCUGGGACCAGGCCGACCAACCCCUGCUCCAGUGGACAAAUAUCAGCCAGUAGAGAAAGAGGGGUGGGUUUUGUAAGGGUGGGAAUUACCAGGGACCUCGACGCAUUGCGAUUCCAUACUGUGAUUUUAUUCCAAUUUCAUGUCCCGAACAUAUUGCUCACUUAAAUGUCUGCUGUAGAAGGACAAGCUAGAGAAUGAGGAAAUUAUUUUUUUUAAAUCAGUCAUGGAAAUAAGUGGUGACUAUGUAAAAAGAUGGAGAAGAAACUAUACUUUUGGCGCAGGCACAUCUGACUAGCGCUUGCUAACCUUGCUACCUUUGAAAAUGAAAAAUCGAUACUUAAAAGAGUCAAAGUAUCUACAUAAUAUGGUCCAAAAUAAUAUUGUGAUGUGUAACUAUUGAUUUUAUUCCCUUAUUGUUAUUAUUAUUAUAAUAUACACCCUCGAAGACUGAUCAAUAAGUGAUUCUGUCAUGUCCCACUCAAUCUAGUUCUCUGGAAUGUAUCCCAAAUGGCACUCUAUUGCCUUUAUAGUGCACUACUUGGCGCCCUAUUCCGUUUAUAGUGCACUACUUGGCACCCUAUUCCCUUUUAUAGUGCACUACAUGGCGCCCUAUUCCCUUUAUAGUGCACUACAUGGCACCCUAUUCCCUUUUAUAGUGCACUACUUGGCGCCCUAUUCCCUUUUAUAGUGCACUACAUGGCGCCCUAUUCCCUUUAUAGUGCACUACAUGGCGCCCUAUUCCCUUUAUAGUGCACUACAUGGCGCCCUAUUCCCUUUAUAGUGCACUACUUGUCCUUUUCCACUGGGUUACAAAGGGUACGCACCGCUGAUGUCUGGAUCACUACUUCAAAUAACUGGUGUGAAUUGUAACGUACUAAUGAUCACAUACUACUUUUAAAAUCGUGGCUUUUUUUUUUUUUUUUAUAUAUAUAUUUGUCUUCAAAAUGUUGCUGUGGAGUUUUAAAACACCAGCAGAUGCCCCAUCAGAAACAGGUGCUGUAUGGACUUCAUAUGUUCCCGACUUUAUUUACAGCCUACAGUUUUGUUUUAAAUUCUAGUUUUACGGAGGGUACACUUUCAGCUAACAUUCCUUCACUUUGUGGCAUUUUGUUUCAUGUACAGGCUGCUUAGUAUAUACAAUUAUCUUAUAAUAGAUAAAUACUUAUUUUUGUUUAUUUAUUUGUUCAAAUAAACUUUCUUUUAUUUUAAGCUGGAAAAUGUUUUAUACAAAAAAAAAAUCUCAAAACCGACGUUUGGAAUUCGACAGAAAUCUUGAAAUGUGUCACUUGUGGUCAAUUGCAAUUCAAAAUGUCUGAUAGAAACUACUGUAGAUUGAAUUGAAUCGACACACUGAAUUUGAAAAGUAAUUAAUUCUUACUGUAGUAUGUGUAUUUGAGUUGUUUUUAGAGAGAGGUUUACUACUGAACACUAGACACAGCUUCAGUGUUUUAUGGAAAUACUUAAAGGGAUCACUGUUAGACAAGAAAAUAAAUAUACUAUUCUCUA